AUGAAGUCAACAAUCACAACAGCUGCUCUGUUCGCCAUGAUGUGCACUUCAGGCGCAAUGGUUCCAAACUCCAUUCCGGCAUUGCAGACCUGGAUUUCUUCCAACGGAGGUUCCAUCCAUCCCUCUGUGUGUGCCAAGCAAGCUGGAGACAUGCAAGGAGUCGGCCUCUUUGUCAAGGAAGGGAAGAGUGUGAGGAGAGGAGAAGUAAUGGUGUCGAUUCCGCCCAAGCUUCACCUGAGCUACGAGAAAGUCGUCGGAAAGGAUCUCAACACUCUGAUAGACAAAGAAGUUCCUGCUGAGAAAUGGGAUGUCAAGCUUGCACUGGCACUCCUAAGCGUAGCAUCGUCUGCGAGCGCAGCAGAGGGCCAGCAGUGGGGACCUUACCUUGAAAGCUUGCCGCAGACCUUGAACAACCUGCCUAUCUUCUACAAGGGAGCGGCUCUGAAGGAAAAGGAGGAAACCUACCCCGGAAUCUCAUCUGAAGUCGUUGGACGUGCGGCGCUGCUGAAAACCGUAUCGAGCUCUCUCGCCAACGCUCACGCGUGCUUGGAAGGUCUCAGUGUGCGGAGGUUGGCAUGGGCAUACGGCAUAGCAACUUCCCGGUCUGUGAGGCUGGACAAAAAGCGAGAUGGCCUGCUCCUUCCCUUCGUGGACUUUGCCAACCACGAUUUCGAGCCAAAUGCGCAGAUAAGGAGGAGCGGAAGUUCGUCUCCAAGUGCUGAGUUGGUCGCCCAGCGAGAUUUGUCGGCUUCUGAGCAGAUAACGAUCUGCUACGGCAACUUGGGUAAUCAAGAGCUUCUCCUCAACUAUGGCUUCGAGAUCACAGGGAACAAGUUCGACAAGUGA